UCAAAUGACUGUUAAACUUUUCAUGUCAAGGAAAGAACACAACAACGGUAUCCUAAUUUCAAUGCACUAUGCAUUCUUCGACACACCAUAACUCCUAUAUUCAGUUACGGAAACAAAAAAACAAGUAUUGCACCUAAGACCAUUUCAUCACAACACUCCAUAUCUAUAAAUUGAAAACAAAAACAAAUCUUGCACUUCAAACUUGGAUAUCCUCUUUUCUCUUUUUUGCACUUUCUUUCCCCUAUAAAAAAUAGUAACUAAUUGUCAUAUAAUAGUUUUUAUGAGCAGUAUUUAUUGUUGAGUUCUUGGAUAUUGAAGGAGAGUAGAGAAAAGAAAAUACUUGAUUCCAAUCGAGCCAGACAUGGGCAAAGAUAACCAGACAAGUGGUCUGAUACUUUGAUGUACACUCCAACUAAAGCCUAAUAAUCAAUUCCCCCAACGAUAUUUCGUUUUCAGUUGAUAUUUUCAUUCAUAUUUCCAAGAACCCAAUACAUCCCUAUUUCUUCUUAAACCACCUCGCCUCUGCUCCCUCCUCCCUCUAUACGCUUUCCGUGGAAGCCAUGGAAUCUCAGUGGUUUUUAUUGAAGAAAUUUUACAUUUUUGUUAUGUUUAUAUCUUUAACCUGCAGUUAUGGAUAUGCUUGGGAGAAAACACCCUUUAAUCCAAGAGAUGUACUUCCUUUAUUACCUAAAGCAAUAUCAUGGCCUAUACUGAAUUCUCUUCAUAGUGCAGUUGAUCUUCUUCCUACUUUUGUUGGAACUUCUUCUUCUAAUGAUACCCUUCAAUGGAAAGGUGCUUGUUUCUAUAACACUACUGCUUGGUUGGAAUUUCAUAAUAAAACUGGUAGUCAGUUUGGUGGGGGAACCCUUCAUAUCCAGACUAGCAGUGCCCAUAGUUACACAUGUAUGGAUCUCUACAUAUUUGCAACUCCAUUUCGUGUGACAUGGGAUUAUUACUUUCUUGGUCGGCAUCAUACCCUGGAGUUUAAAGAAUGGGCAGGAAAAGCUGAACAUGAUUAUGUUAAACAUAAUGGGGUCUCUAUCUUUCUCAUGCAAUCAGGGAUGCUAGGAACACUUCAAGCUCUCUGGGAAGUCUUUCCUUUAUUCACAAAUACUCAAUGGGGUGAGAAUUCAAACAUAGCAUUCCUUGAGAAGCACAUGGGCGCAUCCUUUGUAGAACGUCCUCGGCCUUGGGUUACAAAUAUUACCGUUGAUAGUAUUAACUCAGGAGACUUCUUAGCUAUAUCAAAAAUCCGUGGGCGAUGGGGUGCUUUUGAGACUUUGGAAAAGUGGGUUACUGGAACUUAUGUUGGGCAUACUGCAGUUUGCUUGAAGGACCCUGAAGGAAAUCUUUGGGUUGGAGAAUCUGGCCAUGAAAAUGAGGAGGGGGAAGAUAUUAUUGUUAUGAUGCCAUGGGAUGAAUGGUGGAACUUUGAGCUUACUGAAGAUGACUCUAAUCCUCAUAUUGCGUUGCUACCUUUGCAUCCUAACAUCCGGGCCAAAUUUAAUGAGACUGCAGCCUGGGAGUAUGCGAAGAGCAUGAUAGGGAAACCAUACGGUUAUCAUAACAUGAUCUUUAGCUGGAUAGACACUGUCGAUGGGAAUUUCCCACCACCGCUGGAUGCACAUCUGGUUGCUUCAGUUAUGACUAUGUGGAAUCACCUAAAGCCAGCAUAUGCUGCUAACAUGUGGAAUGAAGCUUUGAAUACACGACUUGGGACCAAGAAUCUUAGUCUUCCUGAGGUUCUAGUAGAAACAGAAAAGCGUGGAGUGCCCUUCGAUAAAUUGCUGACUAUACCUGAACAAGACGAAUGGGUUUAUUCUGAUGGGAAAUCCGCUUCUUGUAUUGCCUUCGUCCUCGAAAUGUAUAAAGCAGCAGGAUUAUUUUAUCCAAUUGCAAGCUCUGUGCAAGUCACUGAAUUCACGAUAAAAGAUGCCUAUGUGCUAAAGUUUUUCGAAGACGACUCGAGCCGCUUGCCAACAUGGUGCAACAAUGGAGACAGUGUGAAGCUUCCAUUCUGUCAAAUUAAAGGCAAGUAUAGAAUGGAACUACCCGAGUACAAUACGAUGGAUCCAUAUCCCCAUAUGAACGAGGGAUGCGCAAGUCUACCCCCUAAAUACUACAGAUCAGCAAAGUGCUGAGAUAUUUUCUUCAGUGUUCUCAAAAUUGGCUGUAUUCCGCCCUGACAUGUAGGCCAUGUGUUAGUCCGUUAAUCACCAUGUGUAAGCUGUAGCCUGUAUGAUAUAUAGAUGUGAAAAAGGUUGCCAGAGAAGCUGUAAAAUUGAACUAGCUUGUACAGUUCUGAUGAUUGUAUAUUUGGUUCAUUUAUGCAGCUAUUUCAGUUUCACACUCUUU